AUGGAUCAUCUUCCUCUACCCUCAAACCCCGUGUUUGGAUCGCUCCCUGUCCCUUUUCUCUGCAAGGAGCCGUAUGAUGGUGAUUCGUUCCUUACAUAUCCUUUUGGAAAAGGCUGGAAUGUCACAGCGGAGCACUGGCCCGAAACUCUCUCUCGUCAUGGCAAAGAAGUUCGUGAUGAAGCUCAGAUCGCUUCAUUCCUUCAAACAUGGCUCUACUUCGGUUUGCUGUGCGAGGUCACUGGUAAUACCAUCGACCCUAUGGCUUUCAGAGUACCUGGACGUACCAGGAACACCUCUCGGUUCUCAUCAAAGGCUCUAACGGACAUUGUGGGCCAGUGGUCUCUGGAAUCAAUGAAUCUCGAAUGUGAACUCGAUGAAAGCCUUCAAAACAAACUUGGUGAUGACAUCGAGUUGUGCGACCCCUUCGACGACUGGGUUUCAAAAAGAGAUGAUAUUAUUGAUGCUGCUGAAGCCACAUGGAAUCGCGUCAUUGACGCAUACCAAGACAAGAUGACGGACACGCUCAAUCUCGUGCUCUUGAGCAUUGCUGCCUUGGGAGAUUACCUUAGUCAGGCCCUCGCCGAUAUAGCUCGUGCGAGGGGUAUCGGCGACGGUACUCCGUCUACCUUAUGGCUACUGCCCGAGAGUGUUUGCCAGCCUCUGCUGCGCAGGUUGCAAAACUGGUGUCCCAACAGAUUACAUGGCUUUGUCAACGUCCAAGGCUGCUCAAUCGGAGUCUUGUGGUACAUCGCAAACCUCGACCCUCCCAAAGUACGCGAUGAUCAUGGUACAUGCAGCCCCCAGAGAUGCAAUUCAUUGCAUAUUGAUGUUCACGACUACAAUAUCCAGCAUAUUAAAGCCCACUGCGCGUGCGAACUCAUUAGCCCGUCAACAAAGGAUAUGGUAAGGAUAGUGCGCCGAAACUCAAUUGCCUUGUUCACAGUACAGCAUGCUGCGGGAGAGGUCAUGUUGUCCAUACAGGAUGAGAAACGAACUAGGAACUACGUUGCAAUAUCUCAUGUUUGGGCAGAUGGGCAUGGCAACCUCCAGGCUAACUCGCUGCCAACACGCGUGCUCGAAAAACUGCAGCGCAACGUCGAUGCACUGGGGAUUUCAAACUCUCGAGUAGUCCACACACCAAUCUGGAUGGACACGAUCUGCCUACCUCGCUUUCCGCUGGACCUGCGCAGGAAGGCUCUAUUGCGCCUAAGUGACAUAUUCGUAAAAGCUGGUGGUGUCCUGGUGCUGGACUCCUAUCUGCAGGCUUCAGAUUCGCUGAGCAUCUCUCCAAUUGAAAUACUUGCCCGAAUUUCAAUCUCGGGCUGGACUACCAGGCUAUGGACUUUCUCUGAAGGCCGCCUAGCGAGACGAGUGUGGUUCCAGUUCCGUGACCGGGCUGUCGAUCUCUAUGACCUCAUGAAUAACUGGCAUGAGGAGCUCAAGUUGCGUAUCCCUGCAAGUCCCUUGACCAACGUUUCUUACGGUAUGGCGGUUAUGCACUCGGCAACCAAUCUUCUCGAAAGUGGCCAAGAUCGAGAGCGGCCGUUAGAACUUGGCCAAAUUAAGAUUGCCAUGAACUCGAGGCAGACCAGCUGGCCAAGUGACGAGGCUUUAUGUCUAGGAGCGAUUCUUCAACUAGAUCUUUCCACCAUUAUUGAUGCUGAAGACAGCAAAAAGAUGGCAGCUUUCUGGAGACAAGUUGACUCCGUGCCGAUUAGCAUAAUCUUCACCAGGUGCUCGCCGAAGCUCGAAGAUCCCGGCUGUCGGUGGGCCCCGGCUACAUUAUUGGGUGGCACAAAUUCUGAUUUUGCAAAGUUGGCUUUCCAAAAUUCCAUUGAGAUCGCUAUGUAUUAUGUCCCGCGCACAGACACCGGACUAGAGUACACCGUGGAUGCGGCUUUUCCUGUCACUGCUCUUUUACCCGUUUCAAGGAACAAGGAAGAAAGAACAUUGGGCUCAAAGCGCAAUUUUAUCAAUCUGUGUCGCCAACCAACUGGAUCGGCUGCUGGCAAAGCCAUAAUGCUCAAAGACGAUGAUGGAAGCUGGUACAGCUGCCUCAUCCAAGACCUCUGGCACCAGACGCCCAUAGUUCCCGACUGCAGGCAUGAGACGCCCGUGUUCUUCGUGCAAGAUCAUACCAACCUUACCAAUAUGAGGCAGCAGAACGACUUGGAGGUAUGGAACCGACACCCAGCAGUAUUUGCGACCUACAAGCCGUCGAAAAAGCUUUUCCAUGCGAGAGCCCACACCCAUGUAUCGCUCACUAGGCUUCCCGAAGUAAAUGGGCAGGCCUUUGACACCAUUUCUGGGUAUGCUCUUGCAUUCAAGAAGAAGUGCAGACAAGAAUCGUUUAUUCUCCCAGACAAUGAGGACAAGAUGCUGGAUAUCGUAGCGGCGUGGGUGCAAGCUACUCACGCGGAAGCAGAACUGAAUAGCCUCGCGGCGAGCAUCCUGCCUUACGAACCGUUGGAUGCGGUAGUCGAGUCCGGAGUGGCACUGUGCGCAAGAUACAUUUGCUACUUCUGCUUGGUCGCCGAGUGGUACAAAGUCAAGCCUUCAGACCCUUUUGACGCGCUGAAGUGGUGCAUCGAUUGA